AAAAAAAUGGAAAUAAUUUUGUGCACCGGAAAGGAGGGGGUAGAGGUGGAAUCCAAGGAAUUAAUAGCAGCAGAAAAUGCAGAUUGCGGAAUCGUUUUAUGGUUUGGUCCUGCCUACAACACCUAAUCCAUGACUAACUUCAUUUUUGACUCUGCUAAUUUUGUCUAAAUCUUUUCUCCUAGAUAUGUGUUUAAUUAAUUAUAUAUUUAUACUAAGUACUAAUAUUUUUCUCACGUACGUCACACCCUAGAUUGUUGACUCUAAUUUUCUUUUGAAUUCAAUAUGCGUUUCCACAUUUCUGGUGAGCUUGAAAAGAAAAUGGGAUGCAUUUACUAGUAAGUCCCCUCUUGACAUAUUACACAACUUGUCUACAUAAAGCUAAGCCCAGCGAGGAUUGAGCUAUACUCAACUUUCUUUUUCUCCCAUUUUCUACUCUCUUCCUAGCUGUUAUUUCGAGGUACUAAAAAGUCCAAAAUAAGAAAAAAAAAAUAUAAUGGGAGAUAUAUUGAACCAAGAACAAAUUGUUGAAUUGCAAGAAGCUUUCAGUCUAUUUGACAGAGAUGGAGAUGGUUGCAUUACAGUCGAAGAAUUAGCGACAGUAAUAAGGUCACUAGAUCAAAAUCCAACAGAGGAAGAGCUGCAGGAUAUGAUAACCGAAGUUGAUUCAGAUGGGAAUGGAACCAUUGAAUUCACUGAAUUCUUGAACCUUAUGGCCAAGAAAAUGAAGGACACUGAUGCUGAGGAAGAACUUAAAGAGGCUUUCAAGGUGUUCGACAAAGAUCAAAAUGGUUAUAUAUCUGCUAACGAGCUGAGGCAUGUAAUGAUCAAUUUAGGGGAGAAACUAACAGAUGAAGAGGUUGAGCAGAUGAUUAAAGAAGCAGAUUUGGAUGGUGAUGGUCAAGUCAACUUUGAUGAAUUUGUGAAAAUGAUGAUGAACGUUGGAUAGAACUUAGAAGCGCAAAAACAUUAAUUAAAAUUCAUAAUUCCUUUCUUUAUUCUUUUCAGGUGGCCUUAUUAUUGUUCUUUUAUCAUUUAUUUAAUUUUUGUUAACUCGUCAACGUACCAACAAAGACAUUGUAGGAUGAUUUGAUUGUUAGUCUCUGAAAUUGUACUCUUUUUUUUGUUAAAUUUGUAAUUCUUUCAAUUUUAGUAGAAGUGAAAUCAAUUUGUUGGAAAAAUAAUUUGGAGUACUAAGUUUCUACAUCUCCUAGUGGGUGGUGCCUGGAACUUAUUCAUAAUGAUGCUUGGAUAUAACAUCAUUUCUUUCUUUGA